UUAGUAUUGUGUUACUAUAAAACCGUUAUUACUUUGUGUAAAUCCGGAUAAUUGAAUAUUGGUUGAAUACGUAUUUAAGAAAACUACGAAUGAAUGAAAAUAUUAAUGCAUUAUGUUUUAUUUCUCACAUUAACCAAUUAUUUUAUAAAAGAUAAUUUAUAAUGGGUGCAUAAAUAUUUUACAUCAAAACAGAAAUCAUUCAGAAUGAAAAUAACCGCCGUUAACAAAACGGUAACAAAUGUGUAUAUAAUAAUUCAAAAAUGUCAAAACGUGUUUAAAUUAUCGUUAUUAUGGAAUUAACAAUGGAAGAUUUUAACGAUGGUGUGGAUGGUAAAUUGGCUUUUAGAAUGCGAAAAGUCAAUCCAGAACAAUUUCACACUCUCGUCAAAAUGCAUUUAUCUUUUGAAUUAGACCUUAAUACCGAAGACAGUGACUGUAUCAAUGAAAAGACGAAAUUAAAAAAAUGGGGUCUCUUAAGUUUUUCAAAAAAACCUAAAUCGACAAUUAAUUUACAAAAAGGAAUUGAAGGUGCUAGUUUAUCUGAAGAUGGAAUAAAUCAAGUGAAACAGUUAAUAGAAUAUUUAUCUAAAGAACAAAAUAUUAUUCAAGAAGGUAUAUUUCGACGUACUGGUAAAUUGACAAGACAACAAGAUUUAAAAAUUGCACUAUAUCAAGGUAGUCCAUUAAAUCUUAAUGAUGGUCGAUAUAGUGUACAUGAUUGUGCAUCAGUAUUAAAAGGUUUUUUGGCUGAUUUACCAGAACCGUUGUUAUCAGAUUUACAUUAUCCUGCACAUUGUCAAAUUGCUGAAUUAUGUAGCUCUGAUGUAAGUGGGAAUGAUGCUAGAUUAUUAAGAUCUUUGCAAUUACUUUUAUUGCUUCUACCAUCUAUAAAUAGAGUUUUACUUAAAUAUAUUUUGAAUCUUCUUAAUAAAACGGCUAGUUUUGAAUCUAAUAAUAAAAUGAAUUGUGAUACUCUUGCUACUCUUUUUACUCCACAUUUAAUGUGUCCAAGAAAAUUAUCACCAGAAGCUUUACAUAUUAAUUCUCAAAAUUUAUCAUGUUUAGUUGCAUUUAUGAUUAGAAAAGAAAAUGAAUUAUUUGAAAUUCCACCAAAACUAGCUACAGAUAUUAGAGCAUAUUGGGUAGAACAAGAAAGAAAAUUACUUAGUCCUAAAAAUACAGAUUUAAAUGAAUCUAUACAGGAUACAACAGGUACAGCACAUACAGUUUUCAGUUUUGUGGAUCAUAAAUUAACAGCAAAAGCAAAUUCUACACAAGAUACUCAGGCAGCAUUAGCACAACUUUAUGCUCACAUACAAGCUAUGCCAGAAUCAGCUAAAAAACGCAGACUUGUAAAACAAUUUAAUAAGGAAAACGGUCAAGGAACACCAAGACAAGUUAAGCACUUUCGAACUAAGAGUCUUGGAGAUUCAAUUAAAAAACAUAUAUUUCAGAAAAAGAUUUUGGGACAUAAAAAGUUUGAUAUUAAUAUAGGUUGCAAUAUUACUAGAUCUAAUAGUGAAGAAAAUAUAUUAUCAUCGAAUUUAGAAAAGUCAUUACUUCAAACAAAAGUUUUAUUUAGUAAAUCAGAUGAUGAACUUAGUAUGGAAAACUAUGAUACAAAUAAUGAUAAUUUUCUUCACACUAAACAUAUUAGUAAUAGCACUGGUAGUCUUAAUACUUCUACAUUAAAAAGUUACAAAGACAAAAGAAAAGCUGUAUUAAUGAAAUUUAUAAAUAUAAAGGAACAAAUGAAUGAUCAAUAUCAUAACUGGCCUGUACAUAAAUCAAAUAAAGGGUCAUACGUUGAUGAAUCUAUAAAUUCAAAACCAAGUAAUACAAAUAUAUCUUUACAAGAUUUUAAUAGCAAGGAAUUUGAAGAUAAUAAUACUGCAAUUAAUACUAUUAGAACAUCUAGACAACUUAGUGAACCACCAGAUAUGUAUUCUUCCCAAAAUACUUUGUAUGAAACUAGUAAAAGUGAAUUAUUUAGACAGAAUUCAGAACCUAUAAUAGCACAAAAAGCAAUUCAUGGAAACAUGGCAUCAAUUACAAAUUAUAUUGAAGACAACAAGAAAAUAGUGGAACAUUCAAAAUUGGAAUCUCAAAUUGAUAGUGCAUGUGUCCAUUUAUCUCCUGUUGUAAAGAACAGACUUUGGAAUGUGUAUGUUGCACAUACAUCAACACCAUCAAAUUUAUUACGUAAAAGCUUAGUUACUAACGAUUAUAUAUUAACUCCUAUUACUAAUAAUGAUAAGAGCAUGAGUCCAAUUACACAAAGUGCUACUAAAAUGACAAAAGCUAUGCAGGAAACAAUGAUGACACCACGAUCAAGAAAACCAGUAAUGAUGAUUUCUGGAUCAAAUCUAUGUAAUCUUGCUUCUAUUAAUAACAGUUGGAAUCAAUAUAGUAUGUCUAAUAACAUACAUAGAUCAAAUAUUGAUAUUAUUAGUUCAAUGAAUUAUACUUCAAUUCUAGAAGAAUCUCAAAAACUCAAUAACACAAACAGUGAAAUUGUAUACAGUGAAAUUAUUGACUUGGAAAAUAAAGAAAACUUAGAUAAAAAUACAACAGAAAAACAAAAAUUUGUUACAUCGAUUACUGAUGAUUGUUAUGCAAUCAAACAACAAAGUACUAUGUCUAUAACAAGCACAUUUAGAGAAUAUUUAUUGUCUAGAAGUGUAUUAACUGCUAGUCCUGUUGAUCUCAGUUUUUCAUCGCGUACAGGAGACUUUGAACAAUCAGAAUCUGAUUUAAACAUUUUAAAUGAAGAUGGUCUUUCUGAAAGCUUAUUAUGUUGUUUAAAUGGAAAUCAACCAGAAUCUGAUACUUCUGGUAUCGUAUCUGGAAGUACGAAUAGUGCGAACAAUUCGUUGGAAAAAAAUGACGAAAUGGCGAGCUCGCCAAGAAAACGAGCAACUAGUUUGCAACGUAAUGAUUCUAAAAGAUCAAUAGUGGAAUUUAAAACAUCAAAAAAUAUACAUCAAAAAGAACAAGGUUUUAGACAUAAGCAAUUAAGUGAAUCAACAUUAAAUUUAGUAAAAAUAAGAGACACAUUUCAAGAAACUUCAUUUUGAUUGUGAAAUAAUCACAAUAUAUGCCAAAAAUUAAAAUAAUAUUUAAACAUAUAAAAGUUUUAAUAUGUUCACUUCUAUAUCUUUAUAUACACUUAUUUUAAUAAUUUUUAUUUUAGACAAACAAAUGAACAUAAAAAUCUAUAACAUUGAUAGAUUUACUCAAUUGUGUUUGUAGAACAAAAUUUUAAAGUAUAUUGUUACUGAUUUUUGGGGAUUUCCAUUACUUUUGUGCUUUUAUAAUAAAAGUAGAUUAAUACAUAAAUAUGUAAUAUACUUGAAUUCGUAAUAUUUAUAUAGUAAAUAAUUUGUACUAAGAUGUAAUAUUUAAUGCUCUAAAAAUUUAUACAUCACAUAUAUUUUGUUAAUUUAUAAUUAUUCAUUAUAUGAAUAAACUUUUUUUGCAUAAAAAACAAAAAUAUUGUAAUUAUAUUUAAAAUUAGUUAAUAAAUGCAUAUAUUAAAAAAAUAAA